AAGCGAGACAUCUCAUGUAUGAUGUAAGAAUGAAAGCACAUCGCAACUCUCUUCUCAAGAAAAACAUCUGCUAGUGCCUCAAGUCAGAACGGUGCAACACAGAUAUCAAGUGUAAUCAUCCUUGAAUGACAUUGUCAACCACCUCAAACUAACUGAGCCAGCAUGGCCACUACAGGAGAUUUGUCUUCACGCUUCCUUCUGCGGCUUCUUCUUCUUAUUGUUUAUAUUAAUCCUUCACUGCCUUAUGUACUAAAAAACUGCACCAUACUUUCUCAGGAGAAUCCCUCAGCUGAUAUUUCUUUGGACUGUGCAAACAGGAAGAUUGAGACAGUCCCCAAAGACAUCCCUAAAGAUGUUGUUUCAUUGAGCCUGAACAACAACUGGAUGCAGAAAAUUAGAAAAGAAGAUUUCCAUGGAAUGCCAAAGUUAAGAGUUCUGGAUGUAACAUCAAAUCAAAUUGCUUGUGUGGAUCAAGGCUCAUUUAUCAAUUUGAUUUCUCUAAAAACUCUCUGCAUGGGAAAUAACAAACUCAGUGAUCUGAAAAGCAACAUAUUUCAGGGUCUGUCCAACCUUACUGUGCUUUUUCUCAACAACAAUGGUAUUCAGGUUAUUCAUAAAAGAGCUUUCCAGUUCCUUAUUAGCCUACAGACUCUAGAUUUAGGAAACAAUAGGCUUCAAAAAAUCAGUGACAUUGAGCCCAUCUUACACUUACCACAAAUCCAGAGACUUGGACUUAAAUGCAGUGGGUUUUCUUCCUUUGAUACCACAGACCUGUUGCUGAGUCCAUCCUCAAACCUCAAAGAGUUGGAUAUUUCUGGUGAUUCCCUGAAAAUGUUUAGCAUCGCUACACACAUCUUUCCUUACCUCCAUAGAGUCGAGUUCUCCAUGUGUUUAUAUUAUAUAGAUCUGCAAUGGGACAUCCCUGACCAAGGGUUACUGAGGAACAUAUCACAUUUAUAUCUUGAGAGGCCUAUUCUUUCUUUUGAAGGGAUCAUAAAAGUCCUGGAGAGUCUUGACUCUCUAAGGCAUCUGAGACUAAAUGCCCUGAAGAUGCGGGUUUAUGAAGGACUGUUAUCUACAGUCUGCAAAAUACCAACACUGAGGAAACUGGAUUUGUUUAACAGCCACAUUAACAAUUUGCCUGUUAAACUUGCCCUUUGCUCUCAGCUCACAGAGCUUGACAUGAGAAAAAGUGAUAUACCUGAACUGCCACAAGGGUCAUUACGAUCGAUGAAGCAGCUCCGAUCCUUAAACUUGUUUGAUAAUCAGCUCAUCAAAGUUCCAUAUGAUAUAAGAGGUCUCAACUCCCUUGAGAUCUUGAAUCUGAAUGACAAUUAUAUACCAGAGUUGACCUGCGAGGACUUUAUGAACACAACACGCCUAACAGAGCUUUACCUGAAGAGAAAUCGCAUUAGCCAAGUGGAUGGAUGUGUAUUUGAAAACAUUGAAAAUCUAAGGAUUUUAGAUUUGAGUUUUAAUAACCUGGUGACAUUUGAAAACAACCUUGUUCUUCCAAAGCUUGAAGUCUUGAAUAUAAAUCACAAUGAAAUUGCAUUCCUAAAGAUGCUUGAUUUUUUUAAUUUCCAGUCCCUUAAACAGUUGGAUGUAGGAACAGGUUUUUGGGACAUGGUCACACAUGAAACAUUUCAUAAAGUAAAUAACCUGGAAAAUAUUAUUGUACCUCAUGAAACAAUUUGGGAAUUAAAGCACUUGGAAAAACUAACAAUAGAAUUUAAUCCACAAAAACAUUUCAAUAGUCUCCAGGCAAACUAUACUAGAGAUAUAAUUUAUUUAAAAUCUAUGAAAAAACUUACAAUGAAUUGCAACUUUUAUUGCUUUGAAUUUGAACUAGCAGAAGUACUCUGGCCUAUGAGAUAUUUGGAGAAUUUUACAGCUGUCAAUGUCUUUCGAAAAGCUCCAACUGUAGACAUGUUUCAGUUCAAUCCUCAUCUAAAGAGUCUGACAAUCACAGAAACUGACCUAUCAGACUUGGAUCCAAAAGUCUUUCUACCAAUACCAAACCUGCAGAGUCUUGAACUUUCUGAUUCCAACAUCAGCUCUUUGGAUUUCCUGGUGCAGGCCAAUCUUUCAGCACUUACAUAUUUGAAACUGACUGACAAUGAGGUUUUGAUGAUUAAUGAGACAAUUUUCAAGUCACUCCCCUCUCUAACAUACUUGGACUUGGACAAAAAUCCGUUUACCUGUGACUGCUCAAACGCAGCCUUCAUCCAAUGGGUAAAAAACAACAAACAAACACAGGUGGUAAAUGCUCAUCGAUAUCAAUGUUCCUCUCCUGUGGACAAACAAGGAAGUUUGUUAUUAGACUUUGACAUCGACUUAUGUCGGGAUGACGGCAGCUUUCUCUGCUUCAUUUCCAGCACUUGUCUGGUUGUUCUGACUCUCCUUACCUCCUUCGUCCAUAACUUUCUGAGGUGGCACCUCUCCUACACAUUCCAUCUCUUUCUGGCCUUUCUCUAUGACAGCAGGAAGAGGAAAAAAGGGGUCCCCCAUCAAUUUGACGCCUUUGUGUCCUACAAUUUCCACGAUGAGGACUGGGUUUAUAGAGAGAUGCUGCCAGUGUUGGAAGGAGAGCAGGGCUGGAGACUCUGUCUGCACCAUAGAGACUUCCAACCAGGUAAACCCAUCAUAGAGAACAUCACCGAUGCCAUCUAUGGGAGCAGGAAGACCAUCUGUGUGAUCAGCCGCAGCUACCUGCAGAGUGAAUGGUGCUCCAGAGAGAUCCAGAUGGCCAGCUUUCGUCUGUUCGACGAGCAGAAGGAUGUGCUGAUCCUGCUGUUUUUGGAGGAGAUCCCUUCUCGUCAUCUGUCUCCUUAUUACCACAUGAGGAAGCUGGUGAAGAAACGCACCUACCUGAGCUGGCCUCAGGCUGUACAACACCCAGACGUCUUCUGGCAGAACGUCCAGAGAGCUCUGAAGACAGGGGAUGCUCUCACUGAGAACACAGACCUGCCUGCUGGAGCAGCAGGAUGCUGAGAAAAGUAUUAAAGAUUCCUUUAAAAAAACUGCAUAAACUACACAAAUAGAUGUAAGGGAUUGUGCUUAUUGUUUUAUAUGAUGCAGAACCUUUUAGCACCUAAAUACAGUCUGCUGAACAUCAUCCUAUGCAGUUCAGUUCAAGUUAACUUAAUUUGAAUGUGGCAACAGAGGAACCGAUAGAAACCUCCAGCAGAAACAUGCAGACUAAAGAGGUUGUAGUGUUGGGUCCUGUGUCUUGUUUAGUCUCUGAUGAAGAGAGAGAAAAUGUAUUUCCUGAUUAGCUGAUUUUCAUUAGACAAGAAAAAACUAACAUCAGUUAAUCUGUCAUGUCCACGUUAUGGAGGCAAUAGUUUUCCACACCACCUCUGUUUUAAUUUCAAAUAUUUAGCUAAAUAAAUUUACAACAGUAUGUUUUUUGGUUUUAUAUUCUUCUUUUUUUUUUAGAGAUGUGACUCUAAAAAACUCUAAGUGAGUCUGAUCUCGUUCAAUAGUUUGAUGUAGAAAGUAGUUGUAUCCUUAAGUUUAACAGGUAACAAGUGCACAUAAGAACUGAUUGAUUUAUCAAGUAUACAUUUGAACUAUUUUGGCUUUUUGGCAAAGAAUGCAGCUGCAAGUUUGAUCAUCAAAGUUUUCUAGCUUAAGCCAAUGUUACAAAGAAGAAGUUUCAACCUCAGGCUCUUUAUACAUUACAUUUCUGGAUAACUGAAAGACAAAACUGCAGAUUGCAAGUCUCAAAGGGUUUAAAAAAUAUGUCCACCUGUGCAGUGAUGCAUGUGUUUGCAUUAAUGGGUGGAAAUAUGUUAUUGUCACAUUUUUUGUUAACAUUGUUUUACGGUCAUGUUAUGCUUUACUUGCUAUUUUGCAUCUACCAUUGUUUGCUGCACUGCUAUUUUUAUUGUAGCUUCCAUCACUGUGAUAUGGUUUAUCAACUUUUAUGAACUAGUUGUACUAAUGAUGAUGAAUUGCAACCUCACAUAAAGUUGGUCACCAGAA